GAGCGAGAGAGAGGGGGAAGAGGGAAAGGAUAUAGAGGGAGGGAGGAAAGGUAUUGAGGAGUAAAACGGGGAGUAUCGUUGAAAUCAAACAGCAGUGUUUAAAACUACCCGACCGGAGAUGGUCCCCCGACACACGAGCGCAGAGUAGUGGUCCUGUAGGGCAUCUGAGGAGGCGAGAGGAAAGCUGGCGUUCCCUGCCGAAAAGUUAAACCUUUCUGAGGAGCUCAGCUGUCAAAUGGGAUUAUUAUUUCUAUCCGGCGUUCAAGGGAAACUGCCCGCUGAAAGUCCAUCCACAUGAAUUUAUCCGACCAAAAAGAAGACGGAACACUCACUUUCCCUAUUAAGGUCCACUGGAUGGUCACACUCAGGAUUCCACAGAGCAGGCCAUGAUGCCUCAGCCAGGGCUGUAGGGAACACCCAGAGAGUGCCAAGCCCUGCUGAGGGAAGUUUCCCCCCCACCCCCCACCUCCAUCCACUAUUGCAGGAGGUACCAUGGUUCCCCUCAGGCCAGGUGGAACCGUAGCCCAGUCCAGGGCGACUCGUACUAGGUACGGACUCUGCUUCUACCCCCCUUGUCUGCUACUGCCACUGCUGGUGCUCACAUCCCUGCCCAGCCUGUCUGAGGCGGUGGCGGCACCCAAGUUCACCAAGAUCCCCGGGGACCAGAUCGGGGUUUCGGGGGGUGUGGCCUCGUUUGUGUGCCAGGCGUCAGGUGACCCCAAACCCAUGGUCAACUGGAACAAGAAGGGCAAGAAGGUCAACUCCCAACGCAUAGAGACAAUAGAGUUUGAUGAUGGAGCGGGGGCCGUACUGAGGAUCCAGCCUCUCAGGGCCCCCCGAGAUGAGAAUGUCUAUGAGUGUGUGGCCCGCAACAGUGAGGGAGAUGUGGCCACCACUGCCAAGCUGGCCAUCAUACGGGAGGACCUGUUGCCGUUUGGUUUCCCCAGCAUUGACAUGGGUCCUCAGCUGAAGGUGGUAGAGAGGACCAGGACGACCACCAUGCUGUGUGCUGCCAGUGGCAUCCCUGACCCAGAGAUCUCCUGGUUCAAAGACUUCCUCCCUAUAGAGCCCAGCUCCAGCCAGGGACGUAUUAAACAGCUGCGCUCAGGUGCCCUCCAGAUAGAGAACAGUGAGGAGUUAGACCAGGGAAAGUAUGAGUGUGUGGCCACUAACUCUCAGGGAGUGCGCUACUCUUCCCCGGCCAACCUGUAUGUACGAGGAUCAACAGACAAAUUGCGUCGUGUGCCCCCUCGUUUCUCCAUCCUGCCCUCCAACCAUGAGAUCAUGCCCGGCGGCAGCAUCAACAUCACCUGUGUGGCGGUGGGUUCACCCAUGCCCUACGUCAAAUGGAUGCUGGGUAGUGAGGACCUGACACCUGAGGACGAGAUGCCAGUGGGGCGGAACGUUCUGGAGCUCAACGGAAUCAGGGAGUCGGCCAAUUACACCUGUGUGGCCAUGAGCAGUCUGGGGAUUAUAGAGGCCACUGCACAGGUGUCAGUUAAGACUCUUCCCAAGCCUCCCGGUACCCCCAUCGUCACGGAGACGACUGCCACCAGCAUCACCAUCACCUGGGACUCCGGUAAUCCCGACCCGGUGUCCUAUUACAUCAUCCAGUACCGGGCCAAGGCACCAGACAGCAAGUACGAGACGGUGGACAGUAUCACCACCACUAGGUACAGCAUUGGAGGGCUCUACCCCAACACAGAGUAUGAGAUCAGGGUGUCAGCCUUCAACAGCAUCGGCCAGGGACCCUCGUCCACCCGGGUGGAGGCCAGGACAGGGGAGCAGGCCCCGGCUAGCCCACCCAGGAACGUCCAGGCCAGGAUCAUCUCCAAGAACACUGUCAUGGUCCGCUGGGAGGAACCAGAGGAGCCCAACGGACAGGUGAAAGGUUACCGGGUGUACUACACCAUGGACCCAUCUCAGCCCAUGAGUCUGUGGCAGAUCCAUAAUGUUCAGGACAGCACCAUCACCUCCAUCCAGAGCCUGGUACCCUCUGAAACAUACACUGUCAGAGUCCUGGCCUUCACCUCUGUGGGAGACGGACCCUUCUCUGACCCUGUCCAUGUCAAAGUGCUGCCCGGAGUUCCAGGGCAGCCAGGAAAGUUCAAAGUGGGAAAGGUGACGGAGACCAGUAUAGAGCUGACCUGGGAACCGUCCUACAUCAAGGAGGGCAUCGUCAACUACGAACUGCUCUACAAACCUGUCAAGUUCGGCAGCCUGGAGAAGUUGACGUUUGGGCCCAGGGCGUCGUACACAGUGGAGGGUCUGAGGGCUAACACGGAGUACUCCUUCUCCCUGGCUGCCAUUUCUAACAAAGGCAUUGGAGCCUUUACCAACGAGCUGGUCCAGAGGACAGCACAAGCCAAGCCCUUGGCUGCUCCCCUGGGCGUGUCCUGUGACAGCUCCAGCUCCACCUCCCUGAGGGUAAGUUGGACACCGCCGCCCACUGAGACCCAAAAUGGCACACUGACUGCUUAUGUGCUGCGCUACCAGCAAGUGUCUGGGGCCGAGGUCAAAGGUCAGGGUCCAGAGGUGAAGGGGCCUCCCAUCCCCCCAGAGCAGGGGCAGGCGGUGGUGGAGGGGCUGGAAAAGUGGACCUGGUACCGCGUUAGCCUGGCAGCCUUCACUACCGAGGGGUCCGGACCAGAGAGUCCAGCGCUGCUCUGCCGCACAGACCACGACGUCCCGGGUGCGGCCCCUCGGCAGGUGGAGGUCCGGCCCUUCAACUCCACUGCCCUUAGGGUCACCUGGCGAUCUGUGUUGCCAAGGCAACGCCAAGGUCAGAUCCGUGGUUACCAGGUGCACUAUGCUCGUGUGGAGAGUGGCUCAUCACGCAGCCUUCCCCGAAUCAAAGACCUGCUAUUGGAUGACAGCCAGUUUGUGGAGGAUGACUCUACUGAAUAUGAGAUGAUGGUGGGGGGUCUGAAGCCUGAGAUGUGGUACUCUGUGUCUGUGGCGGCUUACACCACUAAAGGGGAUGGAACACACAGUAAAGCCAGGGUGGUGCAGACACCGGGGAUUGUGCCUGGUGCCCCCUCACUGUCGGUGCGCCCAGGGUCUGAACCCUCCAUGGUGGUGAGAUGGGGGCCCCCUACUGGGGGUUCAGACUCAGGUCCAGGGGCCAAAGUGUCUGAAGUUCAGAUCCAGGGUUUCCGGCUACAAUUUGGGCUGAAGAAUGCAACCCUGGACACUACGGUGGAGUUUUCGGCCAGGGAGCGAACGUACACACUCAUAGACGUAAUUCCAGGGUUGACCUAUGUCGUUACCCUUUCCGCCAAAAGCCGGUCAGGAUACGGAGACGAGGCACGGGAGGAACUCGAGAUGCCUGAGUACCCACCCAGGGGCUACCCUCAAAUCUCAGAAAACAUUAACGUCACCUGUUGUUCGCUCCAGUUCUCCUGGCUUCCCCCUGUGCCAAGCGAGCGAAACGGUGUGAUCACCGAAUACACAAUAGCUUAUCGGGAAGCAGGGGGUCUUAACCCUCUGGGCAUUGACCCUCUGGGACCCCCUCGCCAGAUCACGCUCCCGGCUAUUGAGUCCAGCUACACCAUUCUGGGCCUGAACCACAACACAGGGUACGAGGUGCAGAUGUGUGCCCACACCAGCGUAGGUCCCGGCCCGUUCAGUCCCCCGCUGCUGUAUCGCACACUGGCCUUUGAGACAGAUGUCCCGAGGAAUUUCUCAGUGAACCUGGCGACCAAGACGAGUGUUCUCCUGACCUGGGAAUUCCCUGAGAGCCCCUACCCCUACCACUUCACUGUGGAGUAUAACCGCCAGAAGAUGGAGGUGGAUGCCAAGCUGAGGAAAGCAGUGAUCCCCAACUUGCAGCCAGAUACUGACUAUGACUUCAAGAUCACCUCCUCUGAGGGCAACAUGGGCGGGCUGAGGCACCGCAUCCACGCCAAGACCUCUCCACCAAUUGCCAUCCGCCGUCCGGAGAUUGACCACACCCGUGACACGGAGACCACCGUCACCAUAAUCCUGCCCUCGCUGGAGAACCGCAUCCCUGUCAAGAACCUGUAUGUGGUGGUAGUUCCUCUGAGGAGGACGAGGGGGGUCAUUAGACAUCUCAAGAGCCCAGACGAGAUGGACUUGGAGGAGUUGUUGAAGGACAGCAGUCAGAGACAGAGGGAAUCUAGACAGCAGAAACAGGUAGACCUGCGCAGAGCCUACAUCUCAGCCCUCUUCACCCCUGCUACUCUGCCAGCCUUCUUCACUCUGGGUGACCAGCUGGACUACGGAGGCUUUGAGAACCGCGCUCUAGAACCGGGACAGGAGUAUGUGUUCUUCAUCCUGGCUGAACUCAAUGGCACCACAGUGAAGAUGUACGCGGACAGUCCGUACACAGAGCCCGUGAUCGCUCCGGACUCAGACCCCCAGCCCCUGGAUGCGGGGGAUGGUCUGAUCUGGGUGGUGGGACCCGUCCUGGCCGUGGUCUUCAUCAUCUGCAUCGUCAUUGCCAUCUUGCUCUACAAGAAUAACAAGCCAGACAGUAAGAGGAAGGACUCCGAGCCAGGCACCAAGAGCCUUCUGUGUAAUGCUGAGAUGAUGGCCCACCACCCCACAGACCCUGUUGAGAUGAGACGCAUCAACUUCCAGACCCCUGGUAUGAUGAGCCACCCUCCCAUUCCCAUCACAGAGCUGGCUGAACACACAGAGAUACUCAAGGCCAACGAUAGCCUGCGUCUGUCUCAGGAGUACGAGUCCAUCGACCCUAGUCAGCAGUUCACCUGGGAGCACUCCAACCUGGAGGUGAACAAGCCCAAGAACCGCUAUGCUAACGUCAUCGCCUACGACCACACCCGCGUCGUCCUCGCCCCCAAUGAAGGUUCAAGUCCAGGUAUCCUGGGCAGUGACUACAUCAAUGCUAACUACAUAGACGGCUACAGGAAGCAGAAUGCCUACAUUGCCACACAGGGCCCGCUGGCAGAGACAUUCGGGGACUUCUGGAGGAUGGUGUGGGAACAGAGAGCAGCCUCUGUGGUCAUGAUGACCAGACUGGAGGAGAAGUCACGGAUAAAGUGUGACCAGUACUGGCCGACCCGGGGUACAGAGACCUAUGGGAUGACUCAGGUCACCAUACUGGACACUAUGGAACUGGCCACAUUCUGCGUGCGCACAUUCUCCCUGCAGAAGAAUGGUUGUAAUGAGCGGAGGGAGGUACGUCAGUUCCAGUUCACUGCCUGGCCAGACCACGGUGUACCAGAGUACCCCACUCCGUUCCUGGCCUUCCUACGCAGGGUUAAAGCCUGCAACCCCCCUGAUGCUGGUCCUGUCAUCGCACACUGCAGUGCGGGUGUGGGUCGUACCGGUUGCUUCAUCGUGAUCGACGCCAUGCUCGAACGGAUCAGACACGAGCGCACGACCGACAUCUAUGGUCACGUGACUCUGAUGAGGUCACAGCGGAACUACAUGGUACAGACGGAAGACCAGUACGGCUUCAUCCACGAGGCGCUGCUGGAAGCAGUGGCUUGUGGGAACACGGAGGUGGCGGCCCGGAGCCUGUUCUCCUACAUGCAGAAGCUGGGCAAGGUGGAGAGUGGAGAGCACGUCACUGGCAUGGAGCUGGAGUUCAAGCGUCUGGCCAACACCAAAGCCCACACAUCUCGGUUCGUCAGUGCCAACCUGCCAUGUAACAAGUUUAAGAACCGCCUGGUCAACAUCAUGCCCUAUGAAACCACCCGCGUCUGUCUGCAGCCAAUCCGAGGCCUGGAAGGAUCAGAUUACAUCAACGCCAGCUACAUUGAUGGAUACAGGCAGCAGAGAGGUUACAUGGCCACCCAGGGCCCACUGGCUGAGACCACAGAGGACUUCUGGAGGAUGCUGUGGGAACACAACUCUACCAUCGUGGUCAUGCUCACUAAACUGAGAGAGAUGGGACGGGAGAAAUGCCAUCAGUACUGGCCCGCAGAGCGGUCUGCUCGGUACCAGUACUUUGUAGUGGAUCCCAUGGCUGAAUACAACAUGCCUCAGUAUAUCCUCAGAGAGUUUAAGGUCACCGAUGCAAGGGAUGGCCAAUCACGGACAGUUCGUCAGUUCCAGUUCACCGAUUGGCCAGAGCAGGGAGUUCCUAAAUCUGGAGAGGGCUUCAUAGACUUCAUUGGCCAGGUGCACAAAACCAAGGAGCAGUUUGGACAGGACGGCCCAAUCAGUGUCCACUGCAGUGCGGGUGUGGGGCGGACCGGAGUCUUCAUCACUCUGAGUAUCGUUCUGGAGAGGAUGCGUUAUGAAGGAGCUGUGGACAUCUUCCAGACUGUCAAGAUGCUGAGGACACAACGCCCUGCCAUGGUACAGACGGAGGAUGAGUACCAGUUCUCCUACCAGGCUGCCCUGGAGUACCUGGGGAGUUUUGACCACUAUGCAACCUAAGAGAGGAGAGGAACUGUCAUCCCUCCAUCCUUCUGUUCAGAUAGAGGUCCACACAGAGACGAGGAACAACGAAAGAGAGGCACAGACUGGAAAACGACAAAACAAUGAACCUUAUAUCCCACUGGAGGGGCGACGCUACUAACAAGGAGUAAUUAUACAAGAACAACAACAGCAACAUACAAAAUAACAACAACAUACAAAACAACAACAACAACAUACAAAAUAACAACAACAUACAAAACAACAACAACAACAUACAAAAUAACAACAACAUACAAAAUAACAACAACAUACAAAACAACAACAACAACAUACAAAAUAACAACAACAAACAAAACAACAACAACAACAUACAAAAUAACAACAACAAACAAAACAACAAUAAAAUACAGAAUAACAACAACAACAUACAAAACAACAAUAACAACUAGAAAACGUCAAUUAAAACCUGUACUCUCAGGAAAGACCUGCAAAGGGUGUGUUGGGAGUCAGAGACAGACUAUUACAUGUGUAAUCCUGCAUAUUCUUCUUACCUCAGUGUUCAAAAUGUGGAGGACUUAUAAAACCUGUGUGUUGUGGUCAGCUAUUUCAAAAACGAAACCAGUGAUGUAUAAAAGGACAACAAAAAGCCUGGAUAUCUGCUGCACCUUAAAUGGGUUUUCUAUCUUAUCCUUCUAUCUGUGGGUUUAGUGUACGAAGGGUGAACACUUCCACGUGUCUGUGGGUUUAGUGUACGAGGGGUGAACAUUUCCACAUGUCUGUCGCUCUGCAUUCGUGGUGUCUGUUGCUGCCACAGCUAGUCCUGGUCCACAGCACGGUUUUAGAUCUAUAGAACUAGAAGGACGGUUUGAGCUGCAUGUCUGUGAUUGGACACCAGACUCUCCCACCCACAGUGCCAAGAGAAACCACGCUGUACCGGGGCAGAUGGGAAAUGAACUUUGACCUCUAAUGAGAAGGAGGAAUGGUACCCGUCUACAUCCAGCAUACAUAAUGAUCCAUGAGCUCCAGGUUGAGGUUGCCUGUAGGCACAGAUCUAGGAUCAGUUUACCAUCCUGAAAUCGUAAUCUAAACCAUAUGGGUGGAAAAACAAAACUGACCUAAGAUCAUUGUCCGGGGGCAACUUCACCCUACUCCAAGCGUGGAUCAAUAUUAUUACCAGUCAAUGUUCAGUCAUCCAUGCUUAGCUUGUUAUGUGCUGACAUCUUACUAUAUAGAGUAAUGCCAUUAAAGGUUAAACACAGUUUAGGCAAUUCCAUUUCAAUCCCAGCCUUUCAAUCCCAGCCAGUCAUUUCGGGAGAUGCACUGAAAUUACGUGUAUGAAUUGAAAAUUGGCUAUAUUUUUCUUGGAGGACCAUUUCAAUGAAUGAACAGAAUUUGAGUUAAUUUCCUUAAUUGACUGGAGUGUUUUUGGGGGGGAACAUUUUCCACAUUCUGCAGAACAUUUUGUAAUGAUCCUAUUCAUUGUGGUUCAGUGUCUUUGCCUUAUGUUUCACCAUGUUGGUUUUCAGAUGCUUACGUUACAUCCAAUGUAUCUGAGCUAAGCAGUGAGCGUCAUAAUGUAGCUUACACCUACAUGAAUUCUGCCACUCUGCAUUGGAAUGGUCCUGAUGGCUCAGUGUGUUGGAGUAUGGUUCUGACAACACAAAGAGCGUGGGUUCAAAUCCUGCUUGGGCUACAUACACAGUAAUGAGUUUGUGUGUUAACGUUGAGUUGGUUGAACUUUGUUUGAUAAACCCAAGUCCUCAUGGGUUGAGAGUAGAACUCUUCUCUUGCCCACAGUAAGACAGAACUCUUCACAUCUUCUCUCCGCUCUGUCUCUGCUUGUAGUUCUACUGUACAGAAAAACUAAAGGACACAACCUUUAGUCCAGCAUCCCCCACAAUCCCUUUAGAUAUCAUCCUCUCCUCUUAUUGAUUUGACAUUCUAUAAUCUGCUGCCCCAGAUACGUUGUGAUUGAACAGCACGGUAUGAACUUAGACUGUAUAUACUGUGUAACGUAUAGAGAGUUCUUUAUAAUGCAGUACAUACAGUAGGCCUAACUGACGUAGAGUUAAGCAAUAAGGCCCGAGGGGUUGUGGUAUAUGGCCAAUAUACCAUAGCUAAGGGCUGUUCUUAGGAAAGACGCAAUGUGGAGUGCCUGGAUACAGCCCAAAGCUGUGGUAUAUUGACCAUGUACCACAAACCCCUGAGGUGCCUUAUUGCUAUUAUAAACUGGUUACCAACUUAAUUAGAGCAGUAAAAAUACAUGUUUUGUCAUACCCGUGGUAUACGGUCUGAUAUACCACGGCUGUCAACCAAUCAGCAUUCAGGGAUCGAACUACCCAGUUUAUAAAAGUUCUUCAUAACACAGUAUAUAGGCCUGACUGACAUAUAGAGUUGAAACAAGUGGGGCAUAAUUAUUAUCAUCAAAAAAGAGCCUUAUUGUUGACUUUUUGAUAUGAUUUUUGAAAUAUGUGUCGUUCUAUUUUGUUACUGUUAUGGCUCUUUGUUUUUACUAAUUUUUGAUUUGUUUAAUUGCUGUUUAUUUGGGGAAAAUAACUCAAUAUAACCAAUGAGAUGUUGUUUACUUGGCAAGCAAAUUUUUCUGUAUGAUAUCGUCAUAGUUUUUUAAUGGUCAUUUUUAAGUGCUUUCUUAUUUGCUUUAGUAUAUCGUAUACAGAACCUGCGUAGAAUGCUAUUUGAUACUGCUGUCCUCAUAGACAGAUACUUAGACUCAGACCUAGUUUCAGUUUACAGCCCCUAUCAUAGCACCAGUGGUACGAUUCAAUUGCCAAUAGGGGUUUAGGGUGUCAGGGCGUAGAGAGUUUAAAUGUCGAGCAAAGUACAGUAGUCGGUGAAAGUCUAUGUUGCACUGUAUUCAGUGAACCGUGGCGUUUCAGUUCGCUACUACAGAUAGAUGGAGAGUAUAAUGGCAUUUUGACACAAAGGGAAAGGCCACACAAAGAGACUGACGGACAGACCCUCAUUACUUUAAUUAACAGAGUAAUUAUCUUGAUAUGAAAUUUAAGUGUGGUCCAAAAGUCUAUCUGGUGUGACUUAAAAUUAACCUUAAAACGAUGACUACAUAAUAUAUACACUGAACAAAAAUAUAAACGCAACAUAUAAAGUGUUGGUCCCAUGUUUCAUGAGCUGAAAUAAAAAGAUACCAGAAAUGUUCCAUACUCAAAAAACAUUCUCUAAAAUGUGUUUACAUCCCUGUUAGUGAGCAUUUUUCCUUUGCCAAGAUAAUCCAUCCACCUGACAGGUGUGGCAUAUCAAGAAGCUGAAUAAACAGCAUGAUCAUUACACAGGUGCACCUUGUGCCGGAGAGAAUAAAAAGCCACUCUUAAGUGUGCAGUUUUGCCACAACACAAUGCCACAGAUGUCUCAAAUUUUAAGGGAGUGUGCAAUUGGCAUGUGACUGCAGGAAUGUCCACCAGAGCUGUUGCCAGAGAAUUGAAUGUUAAUUUAUCUCCCAUAAGCUGCCUCCAAUGUUGUUUUAGAGAAUUUGGCAGUACAUCCAACCGGCAUCACCACCGCAGACCAUGUGUAUGGCGUUGUGUGGGCGAGCGGUUUGUUGUGAACAGAGUGCCCCAUGGUGGCCGUGGGGUUAUUGUAUGGGCAGGCAGUCAAAUCUUUGAAAUUGGUAAAUGUUGCAUUAUUUUUGUUCAGUAUAAAUAUACCUGACAUAAAAGACGCACAGAGUAAACAUGUGUCAUCAUCACGUCAUCACCUUUAACCUGGUACCUGUUAUUUCCUUUAAUCCCUGGAUGUAGAUAAUAUUGAAUGUUGACUUUGUAUUAAAAGCAGGAUGAUUGAAUAUA